UCUGAUCCUCAGAUCAGUGCACAAAAAUGUUUGAUUGAAUAACAAGUUAAUAAACUAGUAAUAACUUAACCAAAUAACAAGUAUUUGAUUGACAGGCGGUUAAAGGAUGGCGGUCGUAUUGCUACUCGGCAGCGGAAGUGUAUUGAUGGCAUCGUCCGGGCAGGCAGUGCAGCGAAUGGAUGACCGCCACGUGUCAUUUCGGGAACAGCAUAGACGGGUAGGGCAGGCGAUCUGUCCGGGGUCCGCCUGGCAUUCGUCUGUACCCGAUCUGGCUGGCGGAGGUCAUAACGGUGGAGAGCGGUCGCCGACCGCCCACCCAAGGGCGGCUUGGUACCCACCACGGUUUCCGUCCGGCGGUCGCCGGCGAGCGGCCCGUCAGCGCGCAAGCCGAGCAGCGGCGGUUGUUGCAUCCCAGGGCGGUCGCCGACCGCUCAAAUCUCCGGUUUGCAUGCACGAGAGGAAUGGCCCGCUGCUACCGAAACCCGGUCGCCGAUCGAGGGCUGCUGCCGAUUAUGCCCACGUGGCAGGAGCCUGUCAUGGCAGAUAUCCCGAUCGCAAUCGCGGUGCUGUGAUAGAGGAGGCUGCUGCUUUUAAUGGACUCGUGGGCAGCGAGGAUGGCAGGCUGACCUCAGCACGGCCAGCGACGAUUGCGCAGGGGGCAGGAGGAGGGGAUGGAGCGCAAGGGAGAAGGGACGAGGGGCGCGGAGGUGGCUCUACCACUUGUGCAGGAGGAUGUGAACAAACUGCGGAGAGAGAGAGGGAAGGAGCGAUUGAUAUUCGCCCACAUCGGGAUCGGGAUGUGAUGUCCUGCGGUGGCCUGGUCGGCCGACAGAUUGCCACGUGGGCGGUGGCUGCGGCGGCGUCACUGCUUUUCUCGGCGGGCGGGGAGGUGCUAAGCGUUGGGCAAGCCUUGGCCACCGCGGAACCGGGACCUGGGAUCCCGACGGCCCCGACUGCAAUCAUCGACUCUGCCGGGUCGAUCCCUCCCGCCAAGCGCGCUCUGUUAUCUGCCGAGCUGGCACAGUUCGAGUCGGAGACGGGAUGGAAACUGCGGAUCCUGACCAGGUUUAGACAGGGAGAACCUCCUUCCCAACAAGAUGUGCUGAAAUUUUGGAAGCCGGAUGAGCGGACAAUACUUGUGAUAGAAGACGUAACUUCGCCGAACAUUCUCAACUUCAAUGCGGGAAGCCUGGUGCUGACAAAGCUGCCCAGACAGUUCUUUGUCGAGCUUCAGUCAAGAUUUGGAAAUCUGUUCUAUGUGAGAGAGGAGGGCGAGCAGCGGGCUCUUCUUCAAGCUGUUGAUGCUAUUCGCGACUGCUUGCAAAGAGAGAAGGGAUGCAGGUUUGUGCCUGGUGUGACCGAUGACCUCUACAUCCUUACGCUUGCCACUUCCAUCGUCGGUGGGGCUGUCUUUGGAUUUGCGGCGAGAAUCCCUCCAUCCGGGAGUAUUGAUUACCCUUGGCAGUGGAUAUUAAUUUUCUCACCAUUAUGGGGAAUUCUUCUCGGCUCUUUUGGCAUUCUACCUGUAGUCAGCAGAACUUCAGACCUGUUGCCUGUGAUAAAGAACCUUGCAGCAUUUGCUGCAACUGGACUUGCAAUGUAUUUGACUCCUAUCUUUGGGACUCCGCGGGGAUUCAGCGGUGAAGAGGAAGGCGGAAACAAUGGAGACGGCUCGCGAUGAAGAAUCGCACAGACACGAACAGUCUCCAUCCAGUGCCAGCUCGUCGGCAUUUCCAGGUCAGCAGCUAUUCUCUAAUGAACUUGGUGGGGAAGG